AUGGCUAAUCCUGGGCGCACACGAGCAGUGUUCCGAGUGGCGCUGAUGGCCGUUGAGACGAUUCAGCACAGGGAGACCGACAAUGGGCUCUCUGCAAACCUUUCUCUCUCCCCCGCCCCCUGCGCUCCCCCACAGGCGCACGCGAGGAGUGUUCCGAGUGGCGCUGACAGCCGCGCACGCGAGCAGUGUUCCGAGCGCACGCGAGCAGUGUUCCGAGUGGCGCUGACAGCCGUGGAGACCAUCCAGCACAGGGACAUCGAGAUUGGUCGAUCCGUGGGAAACUUCCUCCUGCGCUUCCUCGACCGCAUGAAGCCCUCGGCGCACAUUCGGGGGGAUGGACCACACAUGCCGGGGGGUUCAGCAGCAACAGGGGGGGUUCAUUCAAGCCAUGCACCACCAACGCCGGGAGGAGCAGCAGCAGGGGGGCAUCAAAACCAUGCAGCCAUUCCGGGAGGAGCAGCACGGGACAGUGGGGUGGUAGCAGGGCACAGCGUUGGAGGGACAGGUCCAGCCGCUGCUGGCAUGCCCGCCCAGAUGACCAGCGUCACCGGAGCGGUUGCAACAGCAGCUCAAGCCUCUGUUUUGGGUUGGGGUGCCUGA